GUAUUUCAGUUAAGGUAAACUGACGAAACAAUCACUUUCCCACCACACCAACGAAGGAGUUAUUGGGAUUCACACAAUCGCAUAGGACAACCUCCAGAGCUUAGAGAGAGUGAAUCCAUGGCGUCUGUUUCAGUGUUCAGAGGCUUUGUCCAUGGCCACCGCUUCCCUCUUUUCCCGCACCAAUCUCAGUUGCCUGUUACAAGCAUAUUGAUUGGCUCAAAGAAGCUUGAGUAUCGAUCUAAUGGGUUGAGGCUUUAUGCAAGAUAUUCAGAUUCACAAUCAGCACGAACACAAGAUCUUUUUACUUCUCGUCUUCAAGAUAGUAUGGAGAACUUGCCGAAACUUGUGGAGGAUAUCGUCCAGACAUCUAUCAAUACGGGUCCUCGUGGAGCUUUAAGACUAGCUCAAGGUAUUCAAGCAGUCAUUGGUGUCGGUAGUGAGUGGCUAACAGACAUAUCACAGUCAAGAAAUCCACCUAGUGGAAUACCGUCGCAAAUGCAGCUUGGAUUGCUAUCACCCCUUUACCUACGGAAAUUGUUUGAACGCUUGGGGGCUACCUAUAUCAAACUAGGUCAGUUCAUAGCAUCAGCUCCCACAUUGUUUCCAGCAGAAUACGUGCAAGAAUUUCAGUAUUGUUUUGACAGAGCUCCAGUUAUUCCUUUUGAUGAGAUUAAGAGUAUCCUGCGCGAGGAACUCUCGAGCCCAAUAGAUAGUAUCUAUGAGUACGUUGAUCCUACACCAAUUGCCUCAGCUUCAAUAGCACAGGUACAUGCAGCUAGGCUUAAAGGGUCACAAGCAGAAGUAGUAAUAAAAGUCUUGAAGCCUGGAAUUGAAGAUGUAUUAGUUGCAGAUCUGAACUUCAUUUAUGUUGUUGCUCGCAUUAUAGAGUUCUUGAAUCCUGAAGUGAGCCGUGCGUCACUGGUUGCCAUUGUCAAUGACAUAAGAGCAUCAAUGCUUGAAGAAGUGGACUUCAAGAAAGAGGCAGCAAACAUAGAGUCCUUCAGAAGAUACCUGGAGUCAAUGGGGCUUACCAGGCAGGCGACAGCUCCGAAAGUGUAUCCGGAAUGCAGUACCAAGCGAGUUCUGACAAUGGAAAGACUAUACGGAGUUCCUCUUACUGACUUGGACUCAAUAAGCUCGCUUGUUUCAAGCCCAGAGACCAGUCUUAUAACUGCCCUUAACGUAUGGUUUGGUAGUUUGAUGGCAUGUGAAACUUUCCACGCAGAUGUACAUGCUGGUAACUUAUGGGUAUUACGUGAUGGUCGUAUUGGGUUUCUUGAUUUUGGAAUUGUGGGACGGAUAGCACCAAAAACAUGGAGUGCUAUGGAAAUGUUUUUGGGUUCACUUGCAACUGAAGAAUAUGAAUCAAUGGCCUCUGCCUUGAUUGACAUGGGUGCUACAAACGUGGAUGUGGACUCUAGGGCAUUUGCUAGAGAUUUGGAGAAGAUCUUUUCGUCUAUACAGGAUUUGGAUUCAGAAAUUGUUGUUUCAGCAGCCACCAGAACAGACACAAAGGCAACUACUGUAUCAGCCAAUUUAGUUGUUGAUGAGAGGCAGAUGAAUGCACUAUUUCUCGACGUGGUACGGGUUAGUGAAUCAUACGGGUUAAGAUUCCCUCGGGAGUUUGCACUCUUAAUGAAACAGCUUCUGUAUUUUGAUCGUUACACGCGGUUACUAGCCCCCAACAUGAACAUGCUUCAGGAUCAAAGGGUCACAAUUGCCUCAAAUCGAAGAACCAGCAACCGAAACAUCUACUAGCCCACCGGAAUCUUAAUCGGUUUGCUGCUACUUAGUUAUUUUGUGUAUAGCAACAGUAGUCAAGUAUAUACGUGCACAGAUAUUUUGAGCAGCAUGAAGUAUCAAAAUGUAAAUCUACCUUGGAGAAUUCUAAAUCCUAAGGUAAUAUAAGCAAACCUUACUUGUGUAUC